AUGGAAGAAUCAUCACCAUCUGCCGCCGCGGCUGUCCGUCCGCUGCGCAUCGUCGCCGUCGCGUCCUUCGUCCCGUCCUUUGCCCUAAGCAUUGCCCAUGGAGUCCUGUCGCAUAAGGCCGUUCCAGCUGUUGGCCUGGUGCCCCAAGCCGUCUCUGUCGCCACCUCGAUCGCGCUUCUCCGCUCCAGCGCCAGCGCCAACCCCAGCGGCCAAGGCGCCGAGCCCGACGUCGAGUCCAUCGACUCUGCCGGCAGCAACAGCAGCGCCUUUUCUGUCCGCGCCUUUCUCACGCAUCCCAUCACCGUCUUUGUCCACGAUGUCAUUCUUGCUACCUCCCUCAUGGUCGUCCUCGUCUUCACCUGGACCCAUCACGGCCACUCGGCCUCGCUCAGUAUGCUGGCUGCUUAUGCUACGCUGCCUAUCUUGACGAGCUUCUUCUGCCACCUCUUCGCCGCGGCCCUGGCCGUCUACCAAGGGCUCGCUAUUCACGGCCUCUUACAGUGGGUUGCCUGGCAGAUUCUUCCUCCGAGUUGUCCCAACUGCGAGCACCACUUGCGACCCACGUCACUGCCCGAGAUCCCCUGGUUCCAGAACAUUAAGAGUUUGAACUUGGGUCUAAGAUUUCCGUGGCGUCGUAGUGAUGACGCGCCAUUGCUCGCCCCGUUGCUGGCAGAAGACGACCCUGAGCGCUAUCGCGACGACCCCGAAGACGACCAGACCACGCCGCAGCCCGAGGCGGUCGAGGUGCGACCGAAGAGGACUCGUAAGACCAAAGCCACUCCCGCACCAUCUGACGAAGCCUCGGAGACCGACCAGCCUGGGGACUCGUCUAUGAGAGAUGACUAA